GAUCUCGAGCGCAAUGAGGCGGCGACCUCCACGGCAGUCAAGCGCUUUCUCCGGUUCUUCACAACUGAUGCGGGUAAGAAGGAAGCCUACUUCAAGAAGCUUGCUAGGUUCUCGGCGCGGCUGUACCUCUUCGCUUUCGAGGGACUCGAGGCCAUCACCGCACUGAACAAUCCGAAGGUGAUGGCGGCGGGAACGGGAGCCGGCGACGUCUGGGAUGUUGGUCAGAAGGGCGGCUACGACACUGCUUGGGGGAACGACGAGGAAGAGGACGACGAGGAAAUGCAGAAGCCCAACCCGCCCCCCAAGAAGCACCGCCCGGCCGCGUCGCUCAAGCCAGCGGCUGCGCAUGAUGCGCUCGCCUCAGACGACGAACCUAUCCAGCA